CGCCGUUUUAUCCCUUUUGCCAGACGAAACCCUAACGGAGAGAGGCGGGGAGACGGAGCCAUGGUGUCGCUGAAGCUUCAGAAGCGGCUUGCCGCAAGCGUGCUCAAAUGUGGAAAGGGAAAAGUUUGGUUGGAUCCCAAUGAAGUUAGCGAGAUUUCCAUGGCCAAUUCUAGGCAGAACAUCAGAAAGCUGGUUAAGGAUGGUUUCAUCAUCAGGAAGCCCACCAAGAUCCACUCACGUUCUCGUGCGAGGAGGAUGAAGGAGGCCAAGAGGAAGGGUCGUCACUCCGGAUAUGGUAAGAGAAAGGGUACAAGGGAGGCAAGGCUGCCGACCAAGAUUCUGUGGAUGCGGAGAAUGAGGGUGUUGAGGCGUUUGCUGAGAAAGUACCGUGAGGCCAAAAAGAUUGACAAGCACAUGUACCAUGACAUGUACAUGAAGGUGAAAGGUAACGUGUUCAAGAACAAGCGAGUCCUCAUGGAGAGCAUCCACAAGUCGAAGGCUGAGAAGGCAAGAGAAAAGACGCUCUCUGACCAGUUUGAGGCCAAGCGUGCUAAGAACAAGGCUAGCAGGGAGAGAAAGUUGGCCAGAAGGGAGGAGCGUUUGGCUCAGGGACCUGGAGAGAAAGCAACAGCCGCAUCAGCACCUCAACAGGCAGAGGGAGCGAAGAAGUCCAAGAAGUGAUUUGUG